AUGUGGACGCCGAAGUUUUUGAAUACAGUGGUGUCUCCUUGUUCCACGCCAUUGUCGUGGACGAAGGUUGAGAGCAACGAAGGCUCUCUAGAUCCUACACCGACUGUUUUCGAACUGACACUUCCUCAUUUUGUUUGGUCGAAAAUAUUCAUAGAUGUUACAAGACGACAAACUCGCCUGGUAGCCGAGACAGCCUACUUCUUCACGAAUAUCUCGCUGGAGUCUUUCAUUACCAAUAUAGACGCAAAAGCCCUCUCGAUGGACGACGAGGAAUUUGAAAAGAACAUGGAAUCCGCAAAAGCCCUUCUUGCCGGCCUCUCUGAGAACUCCGACUACGUGGAUGCUCAAACGAAUCAAACUACCGAACAAACUCCAAACAAACACACCGUGGAUCCAAAAUCCAAAAUUCAAGAAAUCAAAAGUCCAUCUCGUGAAAUUAAAUCUUGGGCUGAGGAAUUACUUGAGAAAGACAGUAAAGUGUUGGAUAAAAUUCCGUCGGUGUCUGAUUUAGAAAACAAGGGCGCAACCGAUCUUUUGAAGGAAGACGAUCCGAACCAGCUUUUUUGGGAUUUCCCUUAUUUGUACUCCGAAGCCGGUGACCUGGCGGUUGGUGAUGUGGAAGAUUUGCUGAGUCAUUAUAAGCGGCUCGUGUUGAAAUACGUUUGCCUUGCUAAAGGUUUGGGAGAGAAAAAUCCAUCUCCUUUGUCCUCUGUGUAUAUAUUUGUGCAGGCAGUUCACUAA